AUGUAUGCACAUGUUGUCAAUCCAUUUAAGAAGUUGAGCAUUAAUGCCCACUAUUCUACGCCAUCACGUUCAAUACAACAAAGUUCACCGACAAUGGCACAGACAUGUAAACUAUUUGUUGGUAAUUUGGCAACACAAACAACCAGCUCACAACUACAAACAAUAUUUCAUCAAUAUGGUCAAGUAAUUGAAUGUGUUAAAGUGCGUGAACGAUAUGGAUUUGUACGAUUCAAUUCGGCCGAUGAAGCAAGAGAAGCAUUAAAAGCAUGCAAUGGUAUGUGUUUACACGGAUACAAAAUGAUGGUCGAAUAUGCACAAAAUGAAAUUUUAAUAAGUCCUUUAUCACCAGCAUCUAAAUGUGCGAGAUCAAAUGUUGGCGGUGGAAGAACAAUACAUGCAUCACAGGAUACAAAAUUAACUACGCCAAUUUCAGUUAUAACGAAUCGAGCUCAGUAUUCUUCAUCACAUAAAUGUGAUGAUAUGCCUUUAUUAACAACACCAUCGACAACAACAGGAGGAGGUAGUUCAAGACUUAUUUUAUCAACACUGAAUCCUGAAGCAUCAUCUUUCAUAACGUCCGAUUAUUGUUCAUCUGGCUCAUCAACAAAGUCAUUUUCGGUUCAUUCAUCAUCACCAUCUAUCUUAUCAGAAAUUCCAUCACCGUCAACACUAACAAUGUCACCAGUAAAAAUCACAGAUUCAAACAUUGGUCUAUUGACAACGUCAGUAGAAGCAACAAACCAAAAUGAAAAACGUCAAAGUUUUACGUUUAUUGGUGAUAAGAUAUUAAGUUUAUAUGGUGGAAAUAGUUUGUACACUGAUGAGAGUGAUGAUGGUUAUUGUUAUGAUAGUGAGAGUUGUUCAUCAUCGCUCGAUUAUUAUCAAAAUAGUCACACUAAACUGAAAACGUCUACACAUAAUUCAACUCAAAAAUUAGUAUUUGAUAAUCGUCGAAUCGAUGCUCGUGAUCCAAUAUUUAUAUGGAAUUUUGCAUUGUAUCCCGAUUGUGCUAUAAGUCCAUUUAUAAAGCGUGGUGAUAUCAAAGGAUUUUUAGAAAAGCGUGUUUUAUUAUAUUCACGUUAA